UUCCUCUCCGGGUCCUAUUAAGCGCAAACUUUGUGAUUUUGUUCUCCAAGUUCAGUCCAGACUGCACUCACUUUGUCUCCCCUCACUGCUUUUGUUGACGCUCUUUUGCAGGCCAUGGAAGGAUGCGCUUUUUGGCCCGACAAGUAAGUUGCCUGCGCAGCUCGUCCAGGGUUCGUGAUUCGGACAUAGUGUAGCGUAUAGAUGCUGCUGCACCGUGUGGAAUGAACAAUGGUGAGGCUCCUUGGUGCUGCGGCCGGUGGCGUGCUUUGGUUCCGUCUGCUGUCGCUGGGCGUGCUGCUGGAGUCGGAGCCUGGCGCCGCCGGGGUCUCCGUUUUCCAGGGUUUCUAUCUCCCACCUGCGAACGGUUCGCAGCUCACACCAGCCAGGAGGACAGAUGGGGUCGUGCGGACCGUUGACCGGAUUUAUAACGCAGGCGGGAGGGCCGGAUACCUUGUCUACUUGGAUGGGAGUCGCUUUCAGCUGGACAUGGAGCGCGAUGAGUCGGUUCUGUCGCAUCACUUCAGCCCUCAGUACGUCCUCGCCAUGAUGGGAGGCAGCUCGGAGUCUUUGCAGCGGGACUGCGUUUAUCGCGGGACGGUCAACACCAACCCGGAGUCCCUGGCCGUCUUCAACCUCUGCGGCGGAGGUGUGGAAGGCUUCUUCGCCGUGCACGGCGUGCGGUACACCGUCACGCCGAUCGUCCGGGCCAAGGGGCACGAGCACGACGCGCGCGCUCUGCAGGACAAGGACGCCGAACACGCCCUCCACGUGUUCACGCGUGAGAACUUCACUUUUGAAGCCGCGCGCGACGGCCACGAGAGCUGCGGGACGCGCGACGGGCGCAGGGGGCGCAGGGACGCGGCUGGGAAAAGUCGGCGCAAGAGGCCGGACCGAGGGAGGCUGUCCGCGCCUGACCUGGGCGCGCACGGGCGGAGACGGUGGAGCCGGUUCCUCGGAACUGCAGCUGCGGACAGCCGCGUGCGGCGCAAGAGGUCGGUCUCCCGCGCCAGACACGUGGAGCUUCUCUUGGUGGCGGACGAGACCAUGACGAAGAAGUACGGCAAGGACUUAAACCACUAUCUCCUCACGCUGGCCUCAAUCGCGUCCAAGCUGUACGGGCACGCCAGCAUCGAGAACCCCAUCCGGCUGUCCGUGGUCAAAGUAACCGCGGUCACCGACAAAGACAAAGGGCUGCAAGUGUCCAAGAACGCGGCGGCCACUCUCAAGAGCUUCUGCAAGUGGCAGAACCAGCAAAACCCGCUAGACGACGACCACCAACACCACCACGACGCCGCCAUCCUCUUCACUAGGCAGGACCUCUGCGGCCAUCACUCCUGUGACACCUUGGGAAUGGCAGACGUUGGCACUAUCUGCUCACCAGAAAGAAGCUGUGCCGUCAUUGAGGAUGACGGGCUUCACGCCGCAUUCACAGUGGCGCACGAGAUCGGCCAUUUGCUCGGUUUGUCCCAUGACGACUCCAAAUUCUGUGAGGAGCGUUUCGGCGUGAACAGCGACAAGAGGCUAAUGUCCUCCAUCCUCACCUCCAUUGAUGCGUCCAAACCUUGGAGCCGCUGUACCUCGGCCACCAUCACAGACUUCUUUGACGAUGGCAAUGCCGAGUGUCUUCUCGACUCCCCCCGUCAACCCCUGUUGGGUCCCGAAGAGCUCCCGGGGCAGAGCUAUGAUGCCGUGCGCCAGUGCCGCCUGGCUUUCGGGCCAGAAUACACCGUAUGCCCUGGUAUGGACGUGUGCUCCCGGCUGUGGUGUGCAGUUAUUCGCCAGGGACAGAUGGUGUGUCUGACCAAGAAGUUGCCAGCCGUGGAGGGAACACCCUGCGGAAAGGGGCGCAUCUGCCUGCAGGGGAAGUGUGUGGACAAAACACGCAAGAGACAUUACUCGUCAUCCAACCAUGGCAGCUGGAGCUCCUGGGGUUCUUGGGGCUCAUGCACUCGAACGUGUGGUGGUGGAGUGCAAUUCGCCCAGCGGCUGUGCAACAACCCGCCACCACGGAACAAUGGGCGUUACUGCACUGGGAAGAGAGCCAUCUACCGGUCCUGCAAUGUUGCACCAUGCCCACCAACGAAUAAGAGUUUCCGACAGGAGCAAUGUGCGGUGCGCAAUGGCCCUCAGACAGAUCCUAAAGGGGUGAAAACAUUUGUUGAGUGGGUGCCCAAAUAUGCUGGAGUUCUCCCUAAAGAUGUUUGCAAACUCACCUGCAGAGCAAAAGGAACCGGUUACUAUGUGGUGUUCUCACACAGGGUGAUAGACGGGACCGAGUGUCGUCCUUCCAGCAGCUCGGUGUGCGUGAAGGGGAAGUGCGUGCGAACAGGUUGCGAUGGCAUCAUAGGCUCCAAGCUUCAGUUUGACAAGUGUGGUAUAUGUGGAGGUGACAGCACAGGAUGCAUACGGGUUGUGGGCAACUUCACCAAGAAAAGUAAGGGCUACACGGAUGUAGUGAAGAUCCCUGUAGGCUCCACACACAUCAAGGUUCGUCAGCACAAGGCAAAAGACCAGACCCGUUUCACCGCCUACCUCGCCCUCCGGAGACCCAGUGGGGAUUACCUCCUCAAUGGCAAGUUCAUGAUCUCCACCUCAGAGAGCAUCAUUCCGCUCAACGGCUCUGUGCUUAACUACAGUGGCUGGAGUCAAAAGGAUGAGUGGCUCCACAGCAUGGGCCCUGGGGCCCUCCAAGAGGCCUUGGUAGUCCAGAUCCUUGCCACAGAUGCUAAAAAGCCGCUGGAUGUCCGUUAUAGCUUCUUCACGCCACGCCGGACAACCCCACAGAAGCCCCCACCACUGCUUGUCCCCAGUUUGAAUUUGGCCCAUUUGCAGGGCACUACAACUGUCACAACGAGAACCACCACCAGCAGCUUUACUACAUCUUACCCCACUCCCACUAUCCUGGUUCCUGCGCCAACGACAGCUACCAGUCUGUCUACACCACUUCCCGGGCCCCAAUGGGUGACAGGAGCAUGGAUGAUCUGCUCCAGGACUUGUGACACUGGCUGGCAGAGCAGGACAGUCCAGUGUAAGGACCAGGGCGGGAAAUUGUCCAAGGGAUGUUUGCUGAAUUCCCGCCCUUCUGCUUUUAAACACUGUCUUGGGAGAAAAUGUUAAAAUGGCAGGAGGAGGGGAACAAGGCUUUGUAGGACAACAAAAGGGGACCGAUAAAAUGAUCAAGUGCAGCAUGUUGGACGAGGGACCAACGAAUUUAAGACAUCAUCUAAAACCUUAAUCAGGACUGUGAAUGUUGGACCAAGUCUCACAGAGACUCUGCUUGAAGGAUGGCUCAGAAUCACACUUGCAGAGUAAAAGUUAAGCAAGGACCCGUUUGUUUUGUAGUCAGGCAUUUGUGUUGCAUGUUGGUGACUCAACUUUGUUUCCGCAUCCAAACGUUGUUUGUCUUUUGCUGUGUGUGUGUGUGUGUGUGUGUGUGUUCGAGCGAGCAUGUGCGUGUGUGUGUGUGUGUGUGUGUGUGUGUGUUCAAGCGAGCAUGUGCGUGUGUGUUUUGAGUCAUACUGUAUAUCCUCCUAAAUAAGGGAGACACACGUCGUUCGCCCUCCAGCUUACGUCAUUGCUUUGACCCUCCAGCUAUCAAGGGAUGGGGAAGACGUUGACCAACAAUGGACGGGGAAACCCAGACAUUCGGUGUUUAAAUGGUGCUUUACAGUCUGUCCAUUCUGCACAAUAAUAUACAGCAGUACAAAAGCUUUAUUGAGGUCGAGACUUGCUCAGGUUCUCGAAGUUCAUUUGCUCUGCAGUAACUCAGGAAGAAUGUUCUUCCUUAUGACACAAGCGUUGAUUGCGCUAAUCCCCUGCGCAUUCUAAAGAACACAACAGUGUUCUUUCAAAGUCAGCUGUCAGAGGGGAAAAGUAACCGUGACUGUCCUUAACAUUCACAUUCAUGGAGGUUAGAGACGGAUCACUUAUUUUGCUUCAUUUUUGAAGUGUGUGCGUGCGUGCAUGUGUCUGUGUGUGUGAGUGUGUGUGUGUAUGUGUGUGAGUCUGCUUACAUGCAUUGAGAGUGGCGGAAAAAAAAUGCAAACAAAGACAAGACACUGGGAAAUUUCCAUUGGUGUGCACUGCCUUAAAGCAGGGUACACACAUGCCGAUAAUCAGGCUAAAUAUGAGCAUUUGAAGCCACUGCUAAUCAAACUCAGCGGAAGACUGAUGAUUGGAUUUCUCUGAAAGAUUAUCCUGACCUAUGGCGAUAUGGUUCUGUGUGGUGUGGUGCGGUGGUUAUCUCGGGUACACCACACACGAGAAGGGAAGUGAGACACACAUGGGGAUUUCUUUCCUCAUCAUUUUAAAAAUCAGUAUGUGUGUACCCUCCUUUACACAUUGCAAUUUAACAACUCGAUGUAAACCUUCUUGAACAAUAGAUGAUUUCAAUGUAUGUGUUAGUAUUCAAAGCAAUUUGCAGAGCCAUAUGCACAUCUGUACACCUCACUGAAACACACACUUUGUUCCUUUGAGGAAAGCCCUCUCGCUGAACAGCAAAAACAGCACUGAGCUUGUAAUUUAUUGUUUGUACAACUGCUAUGUGUGAAUAACAAAGCAACGAGAUGAGCUUUAUUUAUUGUAGUAAUUUUGUAUCAGAUUACUAUUUAAUUUAGGACUAUGCAGAAUCCUCAGUGUAAGACUAUAGUGUUUCUUUUCUCGU